AUGCCAGACACUGCCACUGUCAACGUGACCCCCCUCGAGCCCUUUGGCGCCAAGAUCGCUCUCCCCGAGUACGCCAACAACAACCCCACCAAGCUCACCGACGACGACUUUGCCAAGCUCAAGCUGGCGGUGUUGACCCACUGCGUGGUGGUGAUCCCCGACCAGGCCCAAUUGAGUCCCAACGACCAGUAUUUGUUGACGAAACGGUUCGAUCCGCUGAUCCCCGAGCCCAAAGACCACACCGGCGGCUAUGGCCACGGCAAGGAGUUCCACCACGACAAGUCGGUGUUGCGCAAAGACGGGUGCACCGUCAAGGACCAGCCGCAGGUCCAGAUCUUGGGCCAGGGCGAGUUUGCCGCCGACGAGCCCGGCAACGAGAACGGCGAGGCCAUCAGCUUGACCCACCCGCUGCACACCACCUUCCACCACUCGCCGCUCUCCCAGCUGGAGAUCGUCAACGACAAGCUCACCCGCUUCUACAGAUGGCACAUCGACCUGGCGUUGUACGACUUGAGCCCCCCCUUGGUCACCACGCUUUUGGGGAUCAAAGUGCCCCCGCAAUCGCAGAAGAACUACAUCGAGUACGACAACGGCGACAAGUUGGAGUUGGCCCAGGGGGCGACGUGCUUCGUGCUGGGCCAGCACGCGUUUGAGCGGCUCUCUGACGACGAGAAGCGGUUUGUGUUGAACACCACCGUCGAGUACGCCCCCCACCCGUACAUCUUCAUUGGCCCGGCCAAAGCCACCAGCGACGGGUUGACGAUGGUCAGCGAGGGCAAAGAGACGAAGUUGGACGAGCUCCCCGAGUGGGAACCGCUGAAAGUGAAGAAGUUGCCCAUGGUGUGGACGAACCCGGAAACGGGGAAGCCCCACUUGCAAGUGCACGGGUGCUGCAUCCACAAGCUCCACACCACCAACGAGGACGGGCUGGUCUCGACCCUCGAGUUGGAGGACGCGAGAAACAAAGUCCACCUGUUGAUGAGACCGGCAAUUGCCCCCGAGAACGUGUUGCCCUACGCGUGGAACCAGGGCGACCUCGUGGUGUUUUUCAACCAAGGGGUGUGGCACCUGGUCACGGGUGAGUUCAAGGGGGUCAACCACGGUGCCGACGAGAAGCGGUUGAUGCACCAGUGUAACAUUGCCAGCGGCAAGGACCCGGUGAACACCACCGCCAUCGCCGCCUAG